AUGUCUCUUUCGACGAAGCUAGCUAUCACAGAUGUUGACUUGACAGACAAGCGCGUGCUGAUGCGCGUGGACUUCAAUGUGCCACUUGAUGGUGAGAAGAUCACCAACAACCAGCGUAUCGUUGCAGCCUUGCCCACGAUCAAGUACGCCCUUGAGCACAAGGCCAAGGCAGUCAUCCUCAUGUCGCACCUGGGACGUCCAGAUGGCCAGAAGCAGGACAAGUUCUCGCUGAAACCCGUCGUGCCUGAGCUUAGCCGUCUUCUGAACAAGGAUGUGCAAUUUGUGCCUGACUGUGUGGGCGCAGAGGUCGAGCAGGCGGUGAAUGCGGCGUCAGGUGGCGCUGUGGUCCUGCUGGAGAACGUGCGCUUCCACAUUGAGGAAGAGGGCAAGGGCAAGAAUGCGCAAGGAGAGAAAAUCAAAGCCGACAAGGAUGCUGUAGAGCAGUUCCGCGCUGGCCUUACGAAGCUUGGCGACGUGUACGUGAACGAUGCAUUUGGCUCGGCGCACCGAGCCCACUCGUCGGUGGUGGGUGUGAAUCUGCCGCAGCGCGCCUCGGGAUUCCUCAUGAAGAAGGAGCUGGACUUUUUCUCGAAAGCUCUCGAGUCGCCAGAACGCCCCUUCCUUGCGAUUCUCGGCGGUGCCAAGAUCUCCGACAAGAUUCAGCUCAUCGAGAACAUGCUCGACAAGGUCAACAUGCUGAUUAUUGGCGGCGGUAUGGCCUUCACCUUCAAGAAGGUUGUGAACAACAUGGCCAUCGGCAACUCGCUGUACGAUGAGGAGGGUGCCAAGAAGGUGAAUGACCUCAUGGCCAAGGCAAAGCAGAACAACGUGGAAGUGUUCUUCCCUGUUGACUUUGUCACGGCUGACAAGUUUGACAAGGCUGCUCAGGUCGGAACGGCGACAGACGAGAGCGGCAUCCCGGAUGGCUGGAUGGGUCUGGACGUUGGCGAGAAGAGCCGUCAGAUCUUUAAGGACGCUGUGCUGAAGGCCAAGACGAUCCUGUGGAACGGCCCACCAGGUGUGUUUGAAUUUGACAACUUUGCUGGCGGCUCCAAGGCCGUUCUGGAUGCCUGUCUGGAGGCAGAGAAGAACGGUUGCAACGUCAUUGUGGGCGGUGGUGACACGGCUACAGUCGUGGCUAAGUACAACGCCGAGGACAAGAUCUCGCACGUCUCGACGGGUGGUGGUGCGAGUCUCGAGCUCCUUGAGGGCAAGGAGCUUCCAGGCGUCGCUGGCCUUAGCCAGAAGUAA